AUGUUUAACUCUCUCCUCUUCUGUCUGUCAGUAUGUGGAAAGGCUGUACUCAACACCAGAAUUGUGGGAGGUGAAGAUGCGCCUCCAGGAAGUUGGCCCUGGCAGGCCAGUUUGCAGAAUGAUGGUAGUCACUUCUGUGGAGGGUCCCUAAUCAACGAUCAAUGGGUGCUGACAGCCGCUCACUGCGUGCCAUUUAUUAACCUCGGAACUGUAGUGUAUUUGGGCCUCCAAAGCCUGCCGGGUCUAAACUUGAAUGCAGUGUCACGGCAUCUGAGUGUGGUCACAUCCCAUCCUUCAUACGGCUUAGCGACCAACGUCAACCGUUUCGACAACGACCUGUGUCUCCUGAAGCUGUCGGCGCCUGUGAGUUUCACGCACUACAUACAACCGAUCUGCUUGGCCGCAGAAAACAGCACUUUCAACACCGGGGUUGAAAGCUGGAUCACUGGUUUUGGUAUUACUGAUAAUGGUACAGUUGCCAACAUCUUGCAGGAGGUGAUGGUACCGAUAGUGGGAAACAAUCAGUGCAGAUGCACCUAUAGUGAUCUUACAGGGAACAUGAUGUGUGCUGGGGUCCCAGCUGGAGGGAAGGAUUCAUGCCAGGCAGACUCAGGGGGGCCAAUGGUGACCAAACAGGGGUCUACGUGGAUCCAGAGUGGAGUUGUGAGUUAUGGUAAAGGCUGUGGCUUACCCGAUAUUCCUGGAGUUUACACCCGUGUGUCCCUGUACCAGGAAUGGAUCAGCAGCGUUAUCGCUGGCAGCAACCAACCCGGCUUCGUCGAGUACACCUCUGCAGGAGUUGACAGCGACCAGUUCUUUGAAUGUCCAACAACAGCACCCCCACCACCCACCACACCUGAUGGUGGUAGUGUGUUUGACAGUGGUGAAAGCAUGAUCCACUUCUUCCGCUUCCCCUCACUCUGCCUUCUAGUUAUUUCGCUGUAUGUGCUGGGCGGAGCAUAACAGAGAAAUGUCAAACUACA